CAGUCGCCAAGGACAUCUUGGGUAGACGGACAGCAGGGCGAUAUGGCUACCGAGAACGAUGUCUUGUCUGAAAUCGAGGUGCUGCAGUCUAUCUAUCUGGACGAACUGAGUGUCACACGGAAAGACGAUGGAGGAUGGGAAGUCAGUCUGGUCCUGUACCCCUCUACCGGAGAGGACUGCCUGUCCCAGUUUGUACGUCUUACACUCACGCUGGACCUGGAUUCCAAGUAUCCCACUUCCUCCCCUUGCAUCUCAAUUCAUAAUCCGCGAGGUCUCUCGGAUGACAAAUUGCACAGUUUACAGCAGAGUUUGCAGGUGGAAACUGAGUCUUGCAUGGGGAUGCCAGUGCUGUACCAGCUUAUCGAGAAAGCCAAAGAGAUUCUGACAGAAAGCAACAUUCCCCAUGGAAACUGUGUCAUCUGUUUGUAUGGUUUUAAGGAGGGAGAGAUUUUCACCAAAACAAGCUGCUAUCACUACUUCCACUCUCACUGCCUGGGCCGCUACGUCACCCACUCAGAGGUGGAGCUGAGGGAGCGGGAGAGGGAGCUGGAGGAGGACAAGAGCAGGAACCGGGUGGAGGAUGAGGAGGAGCUUUUCGUGGUAUGUCCUGUGUGCCGAGAGCCGUUGACGUAUGACGCGAACACCCUGCUUUCCUCAGCUGCUCCAAAUUUCCCUCAGCAGGAUGACGAAGCGGUACGUGCUGAAUUCAAAAGAAAAUGGGCAAAUUUCCAGAAGAUUCUGGAACGUCAGAAAGAAAAAGGUGGCGUCAUUGAUCCUGAGGCUGAGUCUAAUCGCUUCCUCAUCCACAUUAAUGAUGCUCCCGCUGAUUGUUCUGACCCCCUUUGCUAUGAUGCCACGAGCUCUGAACCCAGUGAGUCUGCCGGUCCUGCACAGAACCCCACCCCCGCCCCCAGAGCAGAGCUCACCUGUGCCUCCUCCCUGCGCCAGUCUUCUCAUGGUAGCUGGUACCACAGGGGUUUAAGAGGAGGCAGGAGAAGAAGAGGCCGAGGAAGAGGCAGACACACACCUCAUGGAGCGUCUCCCACCAAGUCUGAUGACCUUGCUGAACCCAGGCCCUCUUCAGCGGGGAGCAACCACGUCGAGGAUGGUUUAUCCGCUCGGAACAAUGGCUCUCAUAUAGAACGCAUAGGACCUUUGGUCGAGUUGGGAGUUAACAGAGACCAGAUAAGUCAGUCUGUAAAGCCAGAACAGGAGGACUGUGUUGCCACACAACAAGAGCCUUCCGUUUCUAAGCAAGAGCAGCCAAUAUGCCAGUCGAACUCAAACAUUUCAGAUGAUGGUGCUCGGGUGAUCUUGACGGACGGACAGCAGGAAAGGAGCCCUCAGGACAGAGGCAGGAGGCAUGGCCCACUGGUAGCACAGCAUGGCCAGCGGCAUGAGAGAAACCCCCCAGACUCAACCCAGUGGCAUGGUGCUGGGACCAUAUAUCAGCACGGUGGUGGGAGAGGCUACAGGGCUAGAGCUGGAGGCUUUGCUAACCCUCACAGAGGUGGUGGGCCUCAGAGAGGGGGCAGGCCUCUCAGAGGCACUGGAAAGGGAGUUUACCAGAAAACUGAUGGUGAGUUUAGGAAGGAGGGGCUUCUAUGACAGUGGGAGGAGGGAGGAGCUGAAACAGAAGGACAUUUCCCUCCCUGGUUUACCUGCUGUACCUACCCCCAUCAUAACUGUACCCCUAAUAAAAUUUUGCUUAAUUAAGCAC